AGCACUAAAUAACAUUCUCUAACGUCAAGCUACUGGUACGUAAAGUUUAUAGUUCUACACGUUUAGAUUUUUCUACUUAAUUCUUAGGCAUCGGUUAAAGAUGUCCAUUCGACCGGUGGUUCGUCCGAAAAUCGUCAAGAAGCGAACUAAGAAGUUCGUCCGACAUCAGUCAGAUCGCUAUUGCAAGCUAAAGCGAAACUGGCGUAAACCGAAGGGUAUUGACAACAGAGUGCGCAGGAGGUUUAAGGGGCAAUACUUAAUGCCCAAUAUCGGUUACGGUUCCAAUGCCAGAACGCGUCAUAUGCUACCGACCGGGUUUAAGAAAGUUCUCAUCCACAAUCUUAAGGAAUUGGAAGUUUUAAUGAUGCAAAAUCGUAAAUUCUGCGGCGAAAUUGCUCACGGCGUUUCGUCGAAGAAAAGGAAAAUUAUUGUCGAACGAGCUGCACAACUGUCGAUUCGUUUGACAAAUGGACACGCACGUCUCCGCAGCCAAGAGAACGAAUAGUUUUUGUAGUGACAAUAAAUGUAUAUUUAUAACGU